AUGAAUAAACUACCCAUCAGCAGGAAUGAGGGCCUGAUAUUUGAUAUUCAGACCAUCAAGAACCUUCGUCUGUUGGGGAUAGUGGGAUAUCUGAGCGGAACGUUGCCACUAUCCACUCAGCAGAACAAUUUCUUGGGUGUCCCCCUUCGAUUGCUGUUUGAGGAACUUUUAUAUGUUGUGGUCCAUCACUCAGAGUAUUACAUUGUUCCGGAUGAUGUAAUGUUUCAAGGUUUAUAUGCUUCACUCACAAACAACGAUUUGCAACAGAUUCAAUUUCAAGCCAAGAUGUCUCAGCUGAGAACUAAUGGGAAAAAAAUCCCUGAUUCAGCCAUGAUCUACAACACAGAAAAGGAGCCAGUCUUUCACGAGAUCAAAAAUACAUCCAGUCAUCUUCCUAAUGUUAACACCUGGAACGAUCAUUUCAACCAGCCCGAAGUUCAAACUAAAUUGUUGUUCCAGCUCCUACAAAGUCGACCAAACCUCUCUCAUUCUUUGGCUGAUUACCUAAUCUUCAGCCAUCUUAGAAAGAACGGGUACUUCAUCACUGCAGGAUUAAGAUUUGGAGGAAAAUUUGUUGCUUAUCCUGGCGAUCCUCUAAGGUACCACUCACAUCUCAUAGUCAAACCUGUUUACAACGGUGAGAAGAUAGAAUUGAAGAAAUUGGUUAACGGUGGUAGAUUGGCUACAGCCGUCAAAAAGGUCUAUGUGAUUGCGGGUCUGACCAACAAGAUAGACGUUGACGGUGUUGAACCCCAGCUGGAACUUGAUCCAAAGGAGUUCAUAACAUCGUUGGAAGCAAGCCCUGUCAAAACAUUCUCCUUUGAAUGGGCAGGAUUUGGCUGA